UUCCUCUCCAUCUUUUCAAUUAUCUGCUCCACGCAGUCUGGUCUCCAAGAGACUCUCGUCCGAGGUCACUCGAACACUGCGCAACCAUGCCCUCGCAAGACCAAGAUCAAUUGCGCGUCCUCAUCGUCGGCAACGGUGGCCGCGAACAUGCCCUCGCCUGGAAACUGAGUCAGUCGCCCCGCGUCGACGCCGUCUACGUCGCUCCCGGAAACGGUGGCACCGGCCUGGGUGACAAUGGCAAGAUCGCCAGCGCCGAUGUCAAGGGCGAUGACUAUCCCGGUCUGGUGAAGUUUGCGCAGCAGAAUGGUGUUAAUUUGGUGGUGCCUGGUCCCGAGGCGCCGCUUGUGGAGGGUAUUCAGGGCUAUUUCCAGGCUGUCGGCAUCCGUUGCUUUGGUCCCUCCAAGGCCGCCGCCCGCAUGGAAGGCUCCAAGACCUUCUCCAAGGAUUUCAUGAAGCGUCACAACAUCCCCACCGCCGUCUAUGAGAACUUCUCCGAGUACGAACCCGCCCGCCAGUACCUCGACUCCGUCUCCCACAACGUCGUCAUCAAGGCCGACGGUCUCGCCGGCGGCAAGGGCGUCAUCAUCCCCGCCACCAAGGAGGAGGCCCACCAGGCCCUCCGCGAGAUGAUGCUCGACCACCAGUUCGGCGCCGCCGGCAACGAGGUCGUCAUCGAGGAGUACCUCGAGGGCGACGAGCUGAGCGUCCUCACCUUCAGCGACGGCUACACCAUCCGCUCCCUGCCCCCCGCCCAGGACCACAAGCGCAUCUUCGACGGCGACCAGGGCCCCAACACCGGCGGCAUGGGCUGCUACGCCCCGACCCCGAUCUCCUCCCCGGAGAUCCUCGCCGAGGUCGACCGCACCAUCGUCCAGCCCUCCGUCGACGGCAUGCGCCGCGACGGCUUCCCCUUCGUCGGCAUCCUCUUCACCGGCCUGAUGAUGACCCGCAACGGGCCCAAGGUCCUUGAGUACAACGUCCGCGGCGGCGACCCCGAGACCCAGACGCUCCUGCCCCUGCUCACGGACGACACCGAUCUCGCCGAGAUCAUGGUCGCCUGUACCGAGCACUGGCUCGACGGCGUCACCAUCCGCGUCAAGCCCGACUUCUCCACCACCGUCGUCGCCGUCGCCGGCGGCUACCCCAACGCCUACGGCAAGGGCCAGCCCAUCACCCUCGACGCCGCCCCGGCCGACACCCUCAUCUUCCACGCGGGCACCAGCCUGGCCGGCGGCCAGCUCCAAACCGCCGGCGGCCGUGUCAUCGCAGCGACCGCCACGGCGAGCAGCCUCGAAGAGGCCGUCCGCCGCAGCUACGCCGGCAUCGCCACCAUCCACUUCGACGGCAUGUUCUACCGCAAAGACAUCGCUCACCGCGCCUUCCGCCAACGCGACGCCGCCGCCGCCGCCUCCUCCUCCUCCCUCACCUACGCCGCCGCAGGCGUCUCCAUCGACGCAGGCAACGACCUCGUCCAACAGAUCAAAUCCUCCGUCUCCCAAACCAAACGCCCCGGCACCGACGCCGUCAUCGGCGGCUUCGGCGGCCUCUUCUCCCUCGCAGCCGCCAACAAAACCUACCACCCGCUCUCGCCCACCCUCAUCGGCGCCAUCGACGGCGUCGGCACCAAGCUCAAGGUCGCCCACGCAGUCGGCAUCCACAACACAGUCGGCAUCGACCUCGUCGCCAUGAACGUCAACGACCUCGUCGUCCAAGGCGCCGAGCCCCUCUUCUUCCUCGACUGCUACUCCUGCGGCAAGCUCGACGUCCCCACCGCAGCGGCCUUCGUCAAGGGCGUCGCCGCCGGCUGCGUCCAAGCCGGCUGCGCCCUCAUCGGCGGCGAAACCGCCGAAAUGCCGGGCCUCUUCACAGACGACGCCUACGACGCCGUCGGCGCCGCCGUCGGCGCAAUCAACACCUCGGGAGACCACGCCCGCCCCAUCCUCCCCAACACCGCCGCCAUGCAACCCGGCGACGUCCUCCUCGCCCUCGCCUCCUCCGGCCCACACUCAAACGGCUACUCCCUCGUGCGGAAGAUCCAAACCGGUAACGUCUCGUCUACCGAGAUGGCUCGCGCAUUCAACUGCGGCGUGGGUAUGCUCAUCGCUGUGAGCGCGGACGCUGCUACCGCCGUCAAGGACCUUCUCCAAGCUGAGGGCGAGUCGGUCUACGUUAUCGGCACGUUGGAGGCGAAGAAGGGCGAUGAGGUUGAUAAGGAAGGGUGUGUGUUGAGUGGGUUGGAGAGCUGGGAUUGAGUUUCUUGACUCUCACCCUGUGUCUUAACCCUUUUGUUUGUGGUUUUUAAAUAAAUGUUGUUUAUGUUUUUGUUUGAUGAGGGAGGGGUUUGAUUUGUUGGUUGGUUGGUUGGUUGGUUGGUUGGUUUGAACUGUUUUAUUUGAUGUGUUUGUUUAGAUGAGAUAUACUUGAA